AUGAGUGCCGUGAUCGAGUCCUGUCCCACGUUGAACGCGUGCUGCUGCUGCAUCCCGCUGCGGCCGAGCCUCGUCCUCAUCUCGCUGGUGGGGCUGGUAUGCGGCGGCGCGUUUCUGUUCUGCUUCACGUCGUACGGGAGCGGGCUGCUGGUGGCCGGCGGCCUGCCGCAGCAGUUCUCCAAGCCUCUCCGCUACCUGCACGGUCUGUUCGGCGUGCAGGUGUCGGCGGUGCACGUGCUGCUGCUGCUCGCGGCCCUGAGUGAGAGCGACGCCCUGUGCGAGGUGUACAUCUGGUUCAUGGUGUUGUUCUGGACGCUGCUCCUGUGCUCCACGGCGCUGGUCUCCUCGCUGGCCUUCCUCAGCGGCUCCAUCGUGUUCGCGUCUCUGUUGCUCGUCAUCGUGGUCGUAGUAACCGUAGUAUCUUUGUAUUCGACUAUGAUUGUCGCUAAUUUUAGAAUGACACUUCCCUAA